AUGGGUUCAAUCUGGGUAUCUUUUGUUUCAAUGCGUGGAUCUUCAUUAUGGGUGAAUCUUAGAAUCGAGCUAUGGAUCUUUUGCAUCAUGGGUUUGAAGCCUUCAUUUGCAACUUUUUGCUGUGUUCGCUUAAGUUUGGCAAUCAAGCAAGAAGAAAUUCAUUGCCUUCAAGCUCAUGAUGUGAAAGAAGCAGUUCACGAGUUGACAGCAAAUUCCAACGUUGCAUGCUUUUCCUCCCAAGGAACAGGAGUUAAGAUUUAUAAUUGGUCUGGGGUUAUAAAGCAUAUUAACUUCAACAAAACCGUCAAGUCCCUUGCAAUGUUUGGAAGUAAGCUGUACUGUGGUUGCACUGGUUACAGUAUCCUGGAGGUGGAUUUGCACAAAUACACAGCUGCUACAUUCUAUUCUGGUGUGAGAAAAAUCUUAGGGAAACAAACUAUACAUUCUUUAUGUAUUCACAAUUUGCAUAUGAACGAUGACGUGAUAUCAUUGUUGCAUUGA